CAAAAAUGCAAAAUUAUCUAAAAAAUAUUUUUUUCUCCCCGUAAAAAGUAGAAUUUGAUGAUAUUAACAUAUUAUCAUUUUUAAUUGGUUCUACCAUGAUGAAUGAAUUGAUUGGGCCGCUGGAAAUUAUCCUGAAAGGGGGCGCUCCGUGGGGAUUCUCUAUUAAAGGCGGAAAGGAAUCCAAUUCUCCUCUGUAUGUCUCUAAAAUAAAUGAAAAUGGUAUCGCAGCUCAAAUGAAUAGGCUUCUAGAGGGAGAUAUCAUCAUUAAUAUAAACGGAGUGCAGUGUUUUUCCAGAGCAGAAGCUGUGGAACUUAUCAAGGGGGCAUUUCAGACGCUAUCUUUAACUAUUUGGAGAGGAUUAUGUAACGAUACAACAACCCUGCCCAUCUAUUCUGGACUCAGUUUAACGAAUUAUUUGCCAGUAUACUCCCAUAUUGCAAAUGGAUCUAGACAUAUAUUAAGGGACAACUACGACAAUCAAAUAUUCGGGCCUUUAUCAUUGCAUCCUCAUUAUAGUUUUUCCUCCACAAGCCACAACACAAAAUCGAAUCUGGACAGUACUAAUGAGAUUAACAAUACAAGGAGCGAAUCAUCGACAUCGCCAGUUUUAGCCAAUUCGUUUUCGUUCAACAUGGAUAAGUUACCCUUUAUUAGUAAGAUCAACAAAUCCUCUGCCGAUAUCACGAAAUCAUCCUCACUAACAACGACUCCCGAUAACAUCAAAACCCCGACCCAAGAAAGCUAUAAAGAAAACUCGAAAGAAAUUUGCAAGGAGGAUAAUUUAAAGCAUUACGUUAAAAAUAACAAGAGAAGCAAAGAAAUUAGAAAAUCUAAACGUUCCAAGAGUUCUAAGUCAUUGCUAGGAUUCGGAGCCAGUUUUAACUUGAGCAACAAGCCCACUCUAGGUGAAGAUAACGUAGCUUAUUCAAAGAAAGGGGAAUGUGCCAUAACAUGUAAAAGAUACAGUAGAAAUCAUUUCAAUGAUAGUGAUUUUUACAGCUCAAACAACGGCUAUAAUUUCCCAUCAAAUGAAGUUGACACUAUGAAAGAGUCUAAACGGAGGGAUCAGUACAUUAACAACUCAUUUUUGUCUGAAAGUUCCAACGAAAAUGAUUCUGGUAUAUUGGUUGAAGAAGGACCUAAUGAUUAUUAUGCCAAUAACAAUGGGAAUUGUAUUAUAAAUAAAGAUAUUUCAAGUAACAAUCAAAAUCAAUUUCCACCAUCUGCAAUUAUAACGAGUAUAGAAUCAAAUUUAAAAGCUCGAACUUCACUAAACGUUUAUCUUAAAGAUUUCAAACCAUUUUCAAUCAACUCUACCAGCUGUACAUCAGAAAACGGUUGUGACACCUUCUAUCAUGAUAACACUGAACAAUCUACCUUUAAAUCAAAAGGCAAUAGGCAAAAUAAUAAUAUAAUGAAAAAUGAUUCCAAAGUUUUGAAAGAUGGUUAUGAUCAUAUGAUUAAUGAAGGAUAUGGGAAUGCUAAUAAUAAAAACUAUAAAAUAUUUGUCAAUAAUGAACAAAUUAAUCAUAAGUAUCCCUAUAAUAAUCACAUUAAUAAGGACGAUCAUGAUAAUAUUAGCAAUGUUGAUCUUGAUUAUUCCAAUCUAACUAAAAGUAGUAAUAUAUCAAAUUUUCUUAGACUUUUUGAUAUCAAUGGAACAUUUGGUAAAGCCAAUGAAUUUCAACAUAAAGUAAAAGGGCCUAAUUCAAAUUAUAAAAACGGAAAUUGUAAAAAUGAUAAAAGUUGCAUAAAUAAUUCGCACAAUACCUUAAUAAAAAAAAUUAAUAAUGCCCUAGCAUCUAAUCAUAGUAAUAAACUAGAAAAUGUUAACUAUCAUAAUAAAAUAAUGAAAACAAUUGAUAAAGGUAAGUUAUACUCACCGUGCGAUAAAAAUAUAGCUAAUAUGCUUGUGUCAAAAAAUAAAGAAAAUAUGAUGAAAUAUUCUGAAGAGGUUAAUCAUAUAGAAAGUGCAUCAAAGAGAUACGUUAAAGCCUCAAAAUUUUACAGUAUACAAGGUUUCAGGAAGAGCGAUAAACGAAAAAAUUUCCAAAUCUAA